UGUGUGUGUGUGUGCGUAUCUGCUUGUGCUUGUGCCUGACAUCAUACUGCAGCUUAGUAUGCCACGAGAGUACAACUCCAGAUAUCACAUGAUGGUGGAUGACCUAGUAACUAAGUGCAGAAUAUACCUCGGCACUGGCUUACCAUUAUGUCUUACUCCCUGUUAAACUGGCCGGUGUCACCGGAUCUCCAGUUAAGUAGAUAGUGAACGACAAUGAGUACAGCGCAGUACACUGCCACAUGGAAAAACAAAGCCAUCUCUAAAGUCAGUGACAUGUCCAGGGGUGAUAACAGAACAGAUAAGGGCGAUGACAAGUUGGACCCGUGUGGCAGAGGGAACUGGUGGCUGGGAACACUGAAAGACACACCCAUCCCAGGUUUCUAUCAUAUCCGUGACUUCAUUGAAGAGGCUGAGCUGAACCCAGUGAGGAAGACCUAUGGGUUCAAAGGCAUGGGCAGAAAAGCCCAAACUCUGGGCGGACGUAAUGGGGAUUGGCUGUUACCCGGGGCAUAUGACCACACCAGCUCCAUCCAGGAAGUCCUGAUGCACCAGGCGUCCUACUCUUUCAAAAACUGUCCACGGCCUGACAUUGUCACCUUGGGCAUCAGAGACAAGCACAUAAACACUUCACCAUGUGACUACAAUGUGACAGCAAAACCAUUGGAGAAGAUUCCCUGCAAGCAUGUGAUGUUUCGCUCGACCGUGCAACGGAUCAGCUUUCCACCUGUAAGUAUCCAGUCACCAAGACUAGUUAUUAGGACCAUUAAGUCUUUCCAUUGCCCACAAAAAGGCUUAAUUACAAUGCACUUUCAAUAGCUUUUGGUUACUAGCCAUGACCUAAUGUGUAUCUGGUGUGUGCUGUACAGGAGCUAGUUAUGACAACUACAGGGGUCAAGGAAAACCGAUGCCACGACGUGUCUGAUCAUAUCAUUUGCCCUAUUUAAGGGCCUGUUAUGGCACUGUGCUAGCUGACCAGUCAGCUUUGGUUCAUAUUGCAGUGUUGCAGCCUUGGCCUUGUGUCUAUGCUGGUAGCUGAUGGGUAUUUGAGCCAUGCUGGCAGCUGCUGAGUGUUGACAGAGAAGGAAAGGCGUUAAGAAAUCCCGAGGGUGUUAUUACUGCAGAGUUGGGAGCAGUUUUCUGAUGUUAGUGGUGUCACAGCGACUCUUAGACAAGUUUAUUGUCAAAGGUUAAGCAGCUACACAAAUCCCGCAGCGAAGUUAACUGAAAGCGGAGACCAUUCAGACAGCUGAACUGAUGGAUGUGGACAGACAUUAGCUGAUCAAAAUGAACUGCCUUAAUGGUUUACAUCUGGGAUUCUUGCUCCAUCCUGGGACAGGAGAGAAGAAUUUCACAUUACUCUGAGCCUUGCGUCUUACCCCUUAAUAGAAUGAAGUAGAUUUCCACACAUCCAAAGAACAACUUCCAAUGAGCCGAGGGUGUUUGGGAACACAACAAAAAAGAUAUAUAUUCUCUUUUUUCUGAUUUGACUUAAUUUCUCCAUCCUGGGGCCACUGUGUGUCCUAGAUUUUCAUGUUGUGCUUUUUUGCAAUAUCGACUGCACGUGCUGCUCAGAAGGAACAA